UCAACUGUCGACGCAAAGGCUCUCCCAUUUGCUUACACUCACUGCAAGUCUGCCCCAGCAACAUUCCCAGAUGCAACCAAAGUCUGUGACUAUACUGAAUGCAAUGUUACUGACUCAACAGCUGAUGCUGUAAGACUUCCAUGUUUCCACACCAUCCACAGAACAUGUCUCAACUUGGUUGCAAAGAAAUGUCCCAUCUGCACUAAAAAUCUUGAUGUUACAAUAAAUAACUUAGCAACUUCCUUUAAUGAAAGCCUCCUUAAACCAACAUCCAGUUCAAACACGACUUCCCAAGACCAUUCAGAUGAUGAUGAUUUUGGUGAUGGCAGUGAUGACGAUAGUAUCCACAUCAACCAAACAGUAGAUCCUGAAUACUAUUCUUCAAGAGCUUGGGAAUCAUACAUUGACCAAGAAUUAGACACCUUUACAGUUUUGCAACCACAAAUUAAUGUCAGUGCAAGCUCCCAGCAAACAUCCCAGUCUGUGCAUCAUCCAGUCGCAGUUAAUAUUCAGAUUGCUAAAUCAUCGCUUGGUACCUCCAAAUUCUGGUUUCUACCACCACAGCUGUCUCAAGCAACUCUGUUUGGAAGGAAUGSUUCUAAUGCCUGUACUUUCAUCUCCUUGUUAAUGGCAAAGGAAUACACUAGCUCACUACAUUAUGCUACUCUCCAAUUGACUUGUAAUUCCGAUCUGAAUCAAACAUGGUUAUCAUUGUUGUUGUCUGCCAUUGCUCGAGGGAACCAGGUAUAUGACAAUGUAACGCAAUCCCUAGGCAAUCCAUUCUUCAGUGUAGCUGAAGCAAAUCACCAUCUAACAGCUGUAAUUGCCUCUGUCACUGUGACAUUGGAGGAAUCCUUGGAUCUUUCUAUUACUUCUGUGUAUCCUCAAGUACCUCAGAGUUCCCUUGCCUUCUAUCUACAACGUCUAGUUAGAGAACGAAACUUGGCAGCGUUGAUCAUAGCGAACGGGAUGACCGUGUGUUUCGUUGGUCAAAACAACAACGUGUAUUUUUUGGACAGUCAUCCACACUAUUAUGGGCAAGUAUUUGGAGCCAUGGUUGGAAUGGCACCUGUGGAUAAACUCGAAGAAUUCCUCAUCAACAUCAAGCAGCAAAUUUGUCCCAACUUUAACGUUUGCUCUUUGACUUUUGCUUCCUUUGUCUAAUAGUAUGGACCAGAAAACACUGUUUACGAAGGUUUACGAACAUCAUCGAGUUCGAAAAAUACUUUCAGAACGGUAAAUCUAAUGAUCAAACAAAUAAAACUCUCACACAGA